UAAAUAAAUUUAGUCUAGUUGUAAAAUUAUAUAGGCAAAGAUUAUUUUAAUACAACUUUUCGAUGAAAACUAUUUUAAUACAUCUAAGUGCACAGUUGUAAAUUAAUUCACUGACUUUAAUAUAUGUUGGAUAUCUAAAAGGUGAAGAAAAGGAAGUGUCACUGUGGUCGAAUGAGUUUAUCACAAAUUUUAUACAACUAUGAUAGCUACUAUUACACUAUUAACAAAUAGACUACACUUCAUUUAAAAGAAAUCAUGUACAGUUCAAUAUUUUAUUGUUAUACAACGUUAUUAUUAUUAGUAAUUUUAAUGUCUGGGAAUUUCAAUUUACAAGUUGCUGGUUAUAUACUUUGUCACUGUGAUACAGACGAUUGUCGUGCUUUUGGAUAUAAUGAAUGCAAAGCUGAGUUUUAUUGUUACAGUAUUUAUGAAUUGAGUUGGACGUCAGAUACAAGUGAUCAGUUGACAAAUCGAUCAACAGAAAUUACUGGCACCUCUAUUAGUCGUGGUUGUGUAUCGAAUAGUUUUUUAACAAUGUGUACAAAAAAAGAUAUUCAACCAAAGAAACAAUUUAAUUCACCUUAUUUAAUGACACAUUGUUGUCGAGAUGCAUGGUGUAAUGCAGAAAAAGUGAAAAUUGCUCACAGUGACUGGUCAUCUAAUGAACCGAAACGCUUUGUUCCAAAGACAGCAGAUUAUUCCCAGUAUGAAGAACAGAUAAAACCAGCUAGUUUACGACAGCAUCCACAGUUUAAACCGUCUUCAUCAUUCAUGAAUUCUGGAGCUGUUGAAGGUGGUUUUCCUCAGGCGGUCCCUCAAAAUUCCAAAGAAUCAAUGGAGUCCAAACAAGGAAAUCAUGAGACUGUUAAUUCUAAAAAACCCUUGAGACGGAAAAAUGAAAAGAGAAUACAAAGUGAUGUGACGGAGUCAAAUCAUGCAUUAUCAAACAAAUUACAUUCUCCUUAUUUAAAUCCACUGAAACCAAUGCCUUCUAAAUCUUACAGCAUGAGCGUUUUAUUAGCAAAGCCGAUUUAUGUGGCUUUGGGGAUCGCCAUAUCCAUCAUCCUAAUUGGUCUUAUAUUCCUGUCAACCGCCCUACUACUUUAUCGUAAACACAAACACUUUCCUAUUACUAAUUGUCAUACAACUUGUAAUUAUUCAUGUCAUAAUAAUAGAAAUACUCUAGCAUCACCUAUUAGUGAAAGAGUCAAUCAUAUAAGUGCUAUAGGAAUGUCAGAAAAUAUAAACAACUGUCAAAAUUGGAGUCAAAUGAGUAUCGUAUAUCCAAAUAAGCAUUCAAGUGAUCAACCACUUUUCUUAAAUGGUAUCAAUUCUACUGAAAGCAUAAAUCCUUCUACGGAAUAUCGAUCAUCCCCAUUAGGUCAGAUGGAUAAUAACUGGAUGAAACCAAUCAAUAAUGUGACUUCACAAGAAUUACAGAAAAAUACCAAUGUGGCAAAGUCACUUACAUACUAUUGCACUUAUUGUUGGUGUUGUUUUCCAUACAAAGACAGUGUUAUCAUGAUUAACCAGAAUCAUGAAAAUCAUACAAAGAAUAAAAAUGUCAAAUCAAUAGACAACUUAUCUCAUCUCUUUAAAAGAACACCAGCGACAACAACAAGUGACAGUAAUAAUAUUAAUAAUAAUAAUGAUACUAAUACUAAGAGCAUUUCUAAUCCUCUUGAAGGCCAUCCUCACCAUCAUCCAGUAAGAUGUGAAGAAAGUGAAGUUAGUCUGAGUACAGAAAAUCAAAAAUAUGAUCCAAGCAGUAUAUCUACACCAUUAUUUAGCAUACAUUCAGCGUCAACACAACAAAUACAAGAUUUAGUGGAUUAUAAAAUGUUGAACUCGAACAAUAUCAACAAUUACGACAACACCCCCAACAACAACAAUAAUAAUAAUAGUAAUAAUAAUAAUAAUAGUAACAAUCGAUCAUUAUUCAUUAGCAACCAAAAUACAUUCACAUGGAUUCAGAGUCAACAAACUCAAGCUCAGAACCAAACACAUCUUCAUCAUCAAAACAGCUUUCCUGAAACACUUCAACGCUUAAAUUCAAAUUUAGUAGGCAAACAGAUAGAUAAACAAAAAAUGCAUUCAUUGUUCAAUGGGUUAAAUGAAAAUUAUUCCGAUUCAAGUUAUUUAUAUGAUAAUAACAACCAUAUUAAUAAUAAUGAUAACAGUAAUUCAGAUUAUGAGCUAGUUAAAACAAUGCCAAAGCAUAAAUCACAUGAAAAUGAUUUACACUGUAAAGCAGAGGAAGUUAAUUCAGAUAAUCAGAUAAGAAGUGAUAUUAAUGGUAACAGUAAUGUAAAAAAUCGAAUCAGUACUACAACUAAUAAAAAGAUAUGUUUACCAGGAAUAUACCAUAAUACAGGUAUGCAUGUAGAAUGCAAUAAGAGCCAACAAGACGAUGUACCUAUACCCAUUCAGUUAUCCGACUUAACCUUUCCUCAUCUUCCACCGCCUCCAUCUUAUCCGCCACCCCCGUUAACUAAUCAACAACAACAACAACAACAGCGAAGCCAACAACGAUUCACCGAGAAUCAAUCAGCUCAAAAUAAAACUUCCCUCCUUAUAGAGCUACAACGAUAUGAUGGUCUAUUAUUACAACGUCAAAGAGGCACUGGAAAGACGAGUAGUGGUGGAGAAGACAGCAAAACAAUAGAAAGUGAACAAUCAGAAGUAAAUCCAGCCUGGAAAUCAUCAUAUAAUUCCCAUGAAAAUAGUAGUAUAGCUAGUACAACUAUAUUAGGACAAAGAAAACAUUUUGCUAACCAUCAGAGAAUACAAGAUUAUUCACCGGAUUUUAACAAGUUAUCUGGACAUAAAUUUAUACAGAAUGAUUUUAUUGGAUUGGCAACAUUUCGUAAAGCGGAUGAUGAAAAGUCUAUCGAUUUAGUUACACCUUAUGCACAAUUCGAUUUAUCCUCAGACUCAAGUGUGUACAAUAACUCAAAACAAUAAUAAGUUUGCAGUUGUUGCUGCUAUAGUUUUGUUUGUUUUUUUCUAAAGAAUAUUUAUAUAACGGACAAAAAAAAUGCUACUUUAUUAUGCAAUACAGAUAUCACGCCUUGUUCAUUUUUCU